AUGGAUUGGAGUUUACGGUUAGAUGAUGCACUUUGGGCGUAUCGUACGGCGUACAAGACACCCGUUGGAAUGUCCCCAUUUCGGCUUGUCUAUGGCAAACCGUGCCAUCUCCCCGUUGAGUUGGAACACAAAGCUCAUUGGGCCGUCAAGAAGUUUAACCUGAACCUCGAUGAAGCGGGAAGUCACCGGAAGUUCCAAUUGAAUGAGCUUGAUGAGAUACGGAACGAGGCAUACGAGAAUGCAAGCAUUUACAAGGAAAAGACCAAGGCGUUCCAUGAUAAGAUGAUUAGAGUCCAAAUCCAAAGCUUGAAAACGGGACACGAAUUCAAGGUGAACGGGCAUCGGUUGAAGCCGUACUACGAGAACUUUGAGGAGCAUACCGUGGAUGACACUCCCUUGCAUGUCGUGGACUCCAUUGAGGAGUGA